AUGAAACAACUUCAUAGAAGACCAUACUCGGUUGCCGCUAUCGAAGUUGGCUCACCUCGACCAGUCAGGUCUCCGCUUCCACCAGUCAGAGUUCCACAUCAUUUGACAGCGCAGGAAACUGUGUCAGUGCCCGCAGCACGUACUCCCCGCCCAUCGUCAAGUCAGCUGCCACCUAUAAAGGUUUACACGUUGAACAACAAACGAUGUAGAUGUCCAACUUGUUCACAUCGCACACUUGUCGUCUAUGGUAUUGUUUUGAUGAUCAUCACUACCUUGUUCAUAGUUGGUCUCAUCAUACUGCACUAUUUUAACAUCAUCGACUGGUUUCCUUUCCUGAAGAGAAGCCUAGAAAAACAACUCGAGAUGUGA